CAUAAACAAUAUUACUACAGUUCUACGUAUAGUACAAAGAAAGCUAGAAAUCCAGUUUAAACAGCAGGCUGACCAAUUGCAAUGGCACCCAAGCAAGAUAGAAAAAUCGCCAUACCUCUCGUUCUACCUAAUAACUGUAACUGGGACGAGAAGACCGGAAAAUAUACCACGAAACCGAAWGUCGAACGUGAAACUCUAACCGUGGUUCCUAAAGCAUUAGAUCAACUACGAGAAAUCAAGGGUCAUGUAUGCGUGGUWUCUAUUGCUGGUCCUUGCAGAAAGGGGAAAUCGUACAUCCUGAGCAAGGCAUUUGACCAAGGAGAGGUGUUCCCCCUGGGUCAUCUUAUGGAACCAGAAACCAUGGGAAUAUGGCUAUGGGUGGUGCCAGAGAAAUUCAAAGACAGUACAGGAAGAGAGUUCACAGUAGUUCUGAUGGAUUCUGAAGGCAUCGAUGCAGUUUCCAGUGAAGAAUCUGAUGAUCACAAGAUCUUCACUUUGUCAGUUUUGUUGUCAUCCAUCAUGAUUUAUAAUUCUGCUGGUGUGCCACAAAGAUCUGAUCUUGAAGGCUUGAACUUCAUUGUCAAAUUGUCCCAACGCAUACAGCUGCACACAAAACAGCAGCCCACCGAUGACCAGCAUUUAUGCGAAGCCUUUCCUUACUUUGUCUGGCUGUUGAGAGAUGUGGUGCUCUCCCUCCCUGAAGGUUGCAAGACGAUGAAAGAUUACUUCUUAAAACAAGUUCUCAACAGUAAAGCAAGAGGAAACACCGAGAAAGCCAGGAAGACCGCUGAGAGUAUUUUGAAGUAUUUCUCUGGAUUUGAUGCAUUUUCCCUUCCUCCUCCAGCCGCUGACGAAGACGUUAUAAAGAAUCUCAACAAUGAGGAAUUCAAAGAGAAAGUCAGCAAAAAAUUCCUGGAUAAAAUCGACCACUUCAAAUCUGCUCUUACCGCGAAGCUAUCGCCCCAGAAUUCCAUUAACAAAGGAGAGUUCGUCACCGGCGAAGCGUUAGCAGCUCUGAUCGAACUGUUCGUAGAGGCACUCAACACCCCUGGUGCUACCCUUAAUGUACAAAACGCCUGGGACACAUUUGUACAAAACAAGUGCAGAGAGGUCUUAGCUGAUGCAGUGAAAGCAUACGAGCAGGAAAUGGCGUCACCCCGGGGGGGGCACUCGACCCCAUUUUGGACGUCCCCGUAUAGCAAAUAUAUGGGAGUACCCCCCCCGGGGGCGUCACUCGAGAAGAUAAUUCCUUGUGACGCCGAUUUGUUACGAUCUGCGCAUGAUGAAGCCAAAAAAGAGUGCCUUGAAAUGUUCCACAAUAAGACAUCUCCAUUUUCUAUUAUCAGCGUUGACAAGUACUUGAAGAAAUUGACGCAAAACACAGAUUCCGUCUAUUCAACGUGGCUCAAAAAGAACAGAAAAGAGAGCAAAAUCUUUUGCACAGAAAGAAUUAAAGAACUCAAGGAAAAAAUUCUCCAACCAGUCCUUGAUCGUCUUCACAGUCACGAAGGAUCGAAAAUGCAGUUCACUGAAAUUGUUGCUGCUUACAAUGAAAUCCAGCAAAAGUAUUCCAGCCAAGCUGAAGGACCUAAAGACAUCCAGGCAUCGGUGUUUACAAAGAGCUUUAAUCCAGAAUUUCUAAAAGAAAUGGAGCAUAGCCUUCAUCUCCUGCAACGGAUGAAAGACUUUGACGAAGCCUUGACCAAAGAAAAGGCCGCCAAAGCUUUAUCAGAGGAAAAGAGACUAAAAGUAGAGGAAGAGAAAGCUCGUAUCGCAGAAGAGAAAAAGAACAAAGAAAGAGAGAUUGAGCUACUUACUAAAAGGUUUGAGGAAGAGAAAGUCAGAUUGAAAGAAAGUUUUGAGAGAGAUUUGCAAGACCACAAAGAACAGCUGCAAAACAUGAUAAAUGCUAACUUCGAGGACCACAGAAAGGAAAGACAAGCUUCUCUUUCUGAUCAAAGUCAAUUAAGAGCUAUGUUAUGCGAACUAACCGCGUUUGUUAAGCCUACCCCUAGUGAUAAUGUAUUUUAUGAUGGGGAUGGGGAUGUUGAUAUGGAGUUGGAGUAUAAUGAAUAUUAAUGAGCAAAUCUAAUAGUCAAAGUAGAAAACGUAGUUUUGACAAAACAACAUCAACACACACCCCUCCGUAACGUGUCCUGGGUACGACCAGAAAAUUAGAGUUGCUAGCUAUUGUCAGGUUCAUAGUGUUGUGGCCAGGCUUUGCACUAAACUAAUUUACCAACUUCGAGGCUGACCAUUUGACAGAUUUGAGUGGAUUUGAUCUAAUGCAGGAACUUAUUUAGACCCUAAUCAAAGCGCUCGGAAUUCAUUUGACAAAAAUGCUAAAAUUCUAGUGAAGAUUUUACCUUGCAGAUAAUGUUAUUUGGAUCCUUCGGACCAUGCAGGAAAUUUAUUUUCGAAAUCAUCCCCCCUCCCCAUCUCUCAAGUCUACUGUAGUUAAACAACAUAGCUCAAAAUGGCCGUGCGUUGGGACGAUAAAUCGAUCGAAUAUUUAUGAAAAUAAAUACAGAAUUAUUAUUUCCCUUAAUUGCUCUUUUUAUUAUUCUCUACUUGCGCAUACCCAUAAUACCUUCUGAUUUUGGGGGGUAGUUAUUGUUAUUGAAAUCAUUUAUAUUUGAAUAACAAUUAAUUUUAUUUGCAUCACAAAACCUAUCCCCCAAAAUCAGAAGGUAUUAUGGGUCAUGUGCAAGUAGAGAAUUUAAUUGUUUUGCUCCAACGCACGCGCGGAUACUAGUACUUCCGUGUAAGACUUCAUCGAAUGACACUAAUGAUGAUCAGAAAAUAAACAAUUAUAACUGUAAACCAUCAGUGAAAAAAAGAGAAAAUCAAUAAAAUAAUAGAUAUUGAUAAUAGUUAACACUAUUAUCAAUUGAUUAGUCUGUUCUCGUUUUGGGCUUCCUGUGUCCUAGCCAGAAAGGAGAAGAGCACAGGAAGUCCGAAACGAGACUAUACACAAAUUCACAGUCAAGAGUUUUAAACAUAUAUUUUGUGAUUGAUAUCAGCAGAUAAAGAAUAUCUUUACAUGUAAGAUUACUUAACUUUUGAUACUCACCUCCGAACUACUGUAAAUAGUUGAUGUAAACAAAUUUCAUUUGUGCGUGUCCACAAAAUGUGAUCGAGUCGAUAGUCUUCGCGCGCCUCUUGAUCAAGUAUUCGACAAGAUCUGCAUUCGCCUGAUAUCUACCAAGAUGACAUGUAUAGUAGUAGUAGAUUCAGUAGUAGUAAAUUCAAUUCAAAACUAUUCCUAUUUUUGUUGUCAGAGUUUACAUUCAGAAAGCAGAAAAGAAAGAACUUUUAGCUACGAGCUUUUAAAUUCGCCAUGGUCGGUUAACUUUGGCUUCAAAGACUCGUCACUAAUCUUCGCGCGGUCACCCUAGCAGUAAACAUCCCGCCCACAGCGAUUUUACAAUUGAUUUUAUUUUUGCGAGACGAAAAAGUCAUCAAAGAAUGGUCACGAUGUAAAAUUCCCCGCCACCUAUAUUCUGUUUCACUAGAACCUACUCGUCUUCAAAUACCUUUCUAUUUGACAUUGUAUUUUCGAUACUAGUUGUUUAGUUAGCGCAAGUGGUUAAUCAUCUAUAGUCUUGGUACCGAUUAGCUUCUUUCUACCUGGCUUUUUAGUUAGAGUAAAGUACCUGGGAUAGGAUUGAAGAGCCGAAAAAGCUAACAGGGGUGUAAGUCGAUUCGACGCCUCAGCUUUACAGGAAUGCCUCAGUCUUAUAGCAGUCAUUAUUCUUGAUGUUGUUGUUGUUGCUGAUGGUUUUUUUUUUUUUUUUUUUUCAGAAUUUAAUGAUUAUUAUCAAUAAUCCAGUUUCGAAUUCUCCAAUACUCUGUGUUAGCCUCAU